GGAAGUAGUAUUUAUAGGUUAAUUUAAAAAAUUAAUAAAAGAACAUAUCUAAAAUUUAAAGAUGUCCAACUCUUUUAAAUUUUUGUAAAACUAGCCUUUCCUAUAAUUAAUCUUUAAACUAUGUAACUGGGAUGAUGUGAUUAAUUUAUUGAUUUGAUUAUUUGAUUAUUAUUUUAUUAAUUUAGGAGAAGUCUGCUUUAGAAGUUUUUUUCUUCUUCUUUUAAUUUUAAUUAAUUAUUUAAUUAUUUAUUUAUUUGGAGCAACGUUUUAAAAGCGUCCUUACUCUGUCGUAAUUUUGUUUAUCAUAAUAAAUACGACCGUUGCUUUUAGCACUGUCUAGUUCAACUCAAUUUACCAAAUUAUUGUUAAAAUCUUAUUUCAACUUAUUUAAUUAUUUUGUAUUGUUCUUUUCUAAAGUUAAUUGCUAACAGUGAAAAGAACCAUAUUUUCCUCAAUACAUUUUCGAUCUAAUUUAUAUUUAAUUUUUAAGUUUCAAAUUAUUACUUUUUACUUGUGAUGGUUGAGUUUUAUUGCUAGAAUUUUAUUUUAAUUUGGUUAUUAGGACUUUGAAAAUCAUAUUUUUAACCUUACUCGUUUUUUUCCUAUUCUAAAUGCCACUUUAGUUCUUGAUAUUAAUAUACAUUAAUUAGUGAAAAAUAAUUACAUUAAUUAUAACAAAUUAGUUUCCACUAAUCUUUCAUCAUUAUUAAAGUUAAUUAAAAAUUUAACAUUAUAAUUAUUUUAAAUCAAUUAACUAACAAUUGAAUGAGCCUUGGUAGAAGUUUAAGGGUAAAAAUAUAAAAUAUUAAAAUAUAGGAAUCAAACGAAAACUAAACUGAAAGUUUAAAGGUAAAAAUUUCAUCUCUAAAAAAGGUAAAAGUAUAACAUUUUAAAUUUUUUUGACCAAGUAAAAAUUAAACUCGAAUUUUAGAAAUAAAUUAAACUGACCAAAACGGUAAUUUUUUUCCUUUCAAUUAAAAAAUUGAGAUGAUUUCAAAUAUAAUGGAGUGACAAUAAAGUCAACAUGGUGGCUGAUACAAAUCAAAAGAUGAUCAAUUCUAUACCUUUUUAACGGUAAAAACUAUAAUUUUUUAAAGUCAACAAAAUAAAUAAUGACAAUUUCUGGGAAAAAAAAAGGCAAUAACAAUAAAUAAUGACAGUUGAAGAUGUUGAAACAUAAACAGUCCCAACAAAAUUUUCUGUGGUACUGUAAGGCAUGAAUUAAAUGUGCAUUUACAUCUAACAAUGGCAUCACAACCAAUCACAUUUUUUUUAGUUGAAAAUUCAAAAUUUUAAUCUCAAUUGAGAUAUCUAUAUUCUUGAUUAGUGGAAUUUAUAUUUUAUGUAGAUGUAACAACUUUUUAUUUUCGAAAUAAAGCUAGCAUCGAUAAUAAAAUAGUAAUAAUAAAAAAAACCAAUAUUUAUCAUGAUGGUAGUCUCAAUGUAUAUUUUUAACCAUAUUAUGAUAUCACAAGUGUACCAUUAAAAACGUGCAAAAUAAAGUGAAGUAAACCAAGAAUAUAUCUCAUAAUGAGAAAGACAUUUAAAUUUGAUACAGGAGACCGUUAGACUUUUACUUUAAAAUACUUUUCAUUAAUGUUAUAAACUUAAUUAUUUUUUAGCUUAGGUUAUAAACUUAGUUGAAGAUAAGUUUAUAUAAUAUGAUAUUUGUCGAAUAGACACAAAUUAUGAGAACAUAUUAGAUUAUCAAUGAAAAGUUAGAAAUUUUUACCUAGUCUCUUGGAAAUUUAGAUGUCAAAAUAAUAAAAUUUCUACUCUUAUAGUGCUUUGUCUUUCUUUUAAAUUGUAUAUCGGUAAAAGAGGUAGUAAAUAUCAAUUACUACUAAUUUACACUAAUAAUUGUAAACUGAAAAAUGAUUUAACUAAAUUAACAAAUAUUUUAUCUUAUCAAUCAACUUAACAUUUAAAUUUCUUCCAUAAUUUAUUUAUAAAAAAAAGCCUUCCAUAAUUAUUUUUACACUUUCAAAAUGAUCUCAAACUAGUUAUAUAGAAAAAAAAAUGGUCAAAUUGUACCUUUGCCAGAAAGAAAAAGAUUCAAACAGGACUAAAUCGAAGGUUUAAAAUAUUUUGUUAAAAAAAAUUAUAAAGUCAAAAGUACAAAGAAAAUAUUUAGAUUAAGGUUUAUUGGGUAGAUUAUAUUCACUCCAGUAACAAUUUUUUUUCUCAAUGAAUUAAUUAAAAUAUCAAUGUGAAAUCAUUGAUAUAUAAACAUAUAAAUUUAAUAACAUGAUAACUCUCUAAUUAAAGUUCUAACAACAAUAUUUAUUGGAUAAUGAUUAGGUACAAUCUAAACCACAUAUAAUUUUAUACUCCCAUUUUUUAAUAUACAAAAGAAGAAAUUAAACAAAUUAUUCUUUCGAAAAAUAUGUGAGAGUUUUUUACUGAACAAAUAGGUACAGUGUAGAAUUUGCAAUGGAGCGAGGUAGGGUUGGGAUGCAAAUGUACUCCCAUCUCCAUAUUUGGGAAUUUGUAAUUUAAUUCUAUUCAAUUCCCGUCUUUGCUCCAUUCUCCUUUUUGAAGAUCUAAUUUUACAGAUUGAGAGGAUUUUUGCCAACCAUAAUACAGCCAGAACAUCUCAGUACUUUUCUUUAUUUAUUAUAGUAGAAAAGAAAAAAAAAAUGAAGUCGGGGUGGAAAUCAAGGAGAGCCACACGAUUGAAGAGGGAGGGUAAAGGGCAAGAUAUAUGCCACGUGGCGCAAUCCACGUGAUGGUGGAAUGGUCUUCUAGCAUCUUCUAAAUCUCCCGCGUGGAAAAGCGGGAGGUGUGUGGCUCUUUGCCCGCCAUCUGCCGCCCAAUAACAAAGCAGCCUGUGUGUCUCACCUCUUCAACUUUGACCCUUUACAAAAUCAAUAUUCAAAAGACCGUCAUCUUUAAUCCCGCUGGCCCCACCAAUAACAAGCCAACCUCAAUAAUUCUUAAUCAUCAUUUAUUUACUUACUUUAUUUUCUCCCCCCCUCCCCUUCAGCUCAUAAUUAGCCAUAUAACUUUUACACAUUAAAAAGUAAUUUUUCUUUAAAAAAAUAAAUUAUCACAUGAUAAUUUUUUAUUAGGUACAACAAAGAUCGCACAAUAGAUAAAUACAAUCAAGUUUAGUCCCAAAUUUUUUUCUUAAUUGUUUUCGAUUUGUUUGUAACUUAACAUAUGAAAUUUAAUUUUACAAAAAAAAUUGUAAGAAAUUAUAUUUUUAUUUUAUAUAAUGUAAUAACUAAUAUUGAUGGUUUUUUUGGUUUAUAGUUCCUUAAUUUUUUUUUUUUGUGACUGUCAUAUUAGUAUAUAGAACAAUUUGCGUCCAAAUUUAUGAAAUAUUUAGAUACCAAAAUUCAUAUUUUAAGUAGGUAACCGUUAUUAUUACAUUUGUAACUUUUGUUGACUGUCAGACUAAUUCACAAUGGUUUUUUUUAGUAUUACGAAUAUGAAUAGUGAAGAUUUGAACACUCCACUCACAAGAAUAAGGAGAGAUUUACGAGAGAAAGAAAUAGAGCAUUUAUGAGAUAUUUUUUUAGAGCAAUACUUGGAUGUAUCACAAAAUCACUAAUCACUAUGCAUUCCAACCUCACCACACUUAGCAAAUGGAUUAAAGUAUUCCAAAAAAUAAGUAAGAAGAAUGUGUAAAAAUGUCAUAUAAUCGUAAAAUUUGGAAUAAUAGAGACUAUUAAAAAAAAAUUUAGUAAAACAAUUGCAGGAUGAGAAAUCGAAUUUUAAGAAGGUCAUGUCAAUUAUGGUUGAACUAAGUUAAGUAACACUAUAUUAAAACAUUUUAAAUAUUAAAGAUUUAAUUAAGAAAAUACUCUAGCAACAAGGCUUAAAAUACAUAUUUAAAGCAAUUUUCCUCUAAAUGUAGAAAAUAAUUGUGGAUUAUUUUUUUAUUAUUAAUUAUUGGUAAUUACAGUUGUUUCACAAAAUUCUUUAUAAUUAAUAAAAGCAUCUGAAAACGAGAAAGUCAUACAUCCACUCUCCCAGCGCAUAACUGCCGAAUCAGAACUGGCUGCUCGUUUAGACGCAUUCUUCUUCUUCUUCUUCAUUCGUCAACUACUCAAGCUCUUGCUUCGUUAUUCUUCCUUGUUCCUCUCUAUUUCUCUGUUCUUAGUUCUAUAGCUAGCUUACAGAUGAGGCACAAUUCCAAGAAUCAACCUCAGAGAACAUGGGCUGAAAUAUGUUGUUUCGGUUGCUCCUGCCUACAGCUUUUCUGGCCGAGAGUGGUCUUGCGCAAAUGGCUCAAUAUCAGCGCUAAAGAGUCGGAUUACAGUGCCGAUACCGAAGAUGAUGAAGAUGUGAAUUCUUCCGAUUCUGAGACUGAAGAAUGUCGUUUUAGGGGAAGAGAAUCACGCUUUAAGGUAGACAACAGUAACAGAGAUGAACCACUGGUUGAUGCUAAUGAUGUGCUGCCGAGGUUGAGAAGAAGAAAUUCAGAAACAUUUAGGACACAAUAUAUCAACACAAAAGAACUCAGAAUAUGUGUUGGGACUUGGAAUGUUGGAGGAAAACUACCUCCUGAAGAUCUAGAUAUUGAUGGCUGGAUAGAUACCAAUGAGCCGGCUGAUAUCUAUGUCCUUGGUCUCCAGGAGAUUGUCCCAUUGAAUGCUGGAAAUAUAUUUGGUGCUGAAGACAGUCGCCCAAUUGCAAGGUGGGAAGAUAUUAUCCGCGAAACAUUGAAUAGGGUUAGACCUGCUACAACCAAGAUUAAGUGCUUUAGUGAUCCACCAUCUCCAUCAAAGUUUAAGCCAUCUGACGACAUCCCAGAUUUAGAGGAGGAGAUUCUGCAGGAAAGUGAUAGUGACAUUGGUGAGGAAGUGCAUCCAUGUGAUGAAGAAUUCUUUGGCAAGGAAAAUGUCGAUGGACUAGUAGGUGAUACAAAUCUAAGCUUGAAAUUCCCACUUUCUGAACUUUCUGCAAAUACCAAAUCAGGGAUACUUGUAGAACAGGAUUUAGUGAGGCAAUAUUCUUCUCCAAAGAGAUUGGAUCGGUUAAAUUGCUUACGAACUGAAGACAGCACAGAGAAUGACGAGGCUGUCUUACUACAGAACAGAAGACUAACUAAAAUGCUUAGUGGGUCAGAAAGGAUUGGUCUGUGUUGGCCCGAGCCUCCACUACACUUACUACCCCACAAUGUUUUAGAGAGACCUAACUCAUUUAAAUCAAUAAGAUCGUUUAAAACAUCCAAGUCCUUUGUUGCAUAUAAUUCUUUCAAGUCAACCAUGAAUGAAAUGCCAUCAGGGAUUGCUUUGCUUGGAGAAAUUGAUCUUGAGUCUCUCCUAAAACGAAAGAGAAGACCCUCAUAUGUUAGAAUAGUAAGUAAACAAAUGGUUGGUAUUUUCCUCACAAUAUGGGUUCGUAGGAGUUUGCGAAGGCACAUUCAGAAUGUAAAUGUAUCUACUGUUGGUGUUGGUGUAAUGGGCUACAUUGGCAACAAGGGAUCCAUAUCUGUCAGCAUGUCCAUAUAUCAGACCCUAUUUUGCUUUAUAUGCACUCACCUGACUUCAGGUGAAAAGGAGGGAGAUGAACUUAAAAGAAAUGCUGACGUGAGUGAAAUACAUCGAAGAACUCAAUUCCAUCCACUUAAUGGUAUUGGGUUUCCUAAAAUAAUCCACGACCACGAGCGGAUAAUCUGGUUGGGUGAUCUAAAUUACCGCAUCAACUUGUCUUAUGAGAAGACAAGAGAGCUUAUCUCGAGAAAAGAGUGGUCCAAAUUAGCUGAGAAUGACCAGUUAUUGUGGGAGCUUAAAAAGGGUCGUGCAUUUGAUGGAUGGACUGAGGGAAACCUAACUUUUGCUCCGACCUAUAAAUACGAGAACAAUUCAGAGAAGUAUUACGGCGAAGAUCCAAAAGUUGGAAGGCGUACUCCAGCAUGGUGUGACCGUAUACUUUCAUACGGAAAGGGAUUGAAAUUGUGCAAUUAUAGGAGAACUGAAAUUAAAUUCUCUGAUCAUAGACCAGUGACAGCCACCUAUGUGGCCGAGGUCGAGGUUUUCUGUCCCCGUAAGCUACAGCGAGCUCUAACAUUUACAGAUGCAGAGAUCGAAAAUGAGGAAGUAGCAAUGGAUGUAUACUGAUUUUUCAUCAGUAGCUUAAAUACAGCUUUAGUGGUGAGAAUUUAUCUAAUCUUUCAUAUGCCUCGAAUCGAUGUUCGAUGUUCGAUGUUGCGUAUGGAGGAUUCUUUAAAUCAACAAAGAUAAUUUGGAGUAGCUUUCUGGUGCAACAAAUAUUGCACGGAAAACCCAAAGAGCUUAAUCUUUUAUAAAAGCAAGAUUCGGGCUAUUUGGCUAACAAGAUUGUGUUUGGAGAACAUGUAGCUCAUGAGCUUUGUUGAUAACUUGUAUCUUACUCCAUUCUUUGGAUCACAUUCUUUCUGUAGUUAGAGAUGUGCAUUGCAGUGGUUGUGUACAUGAGUUAUGUGUAGGGUUUCAUUUACAAAAUAUAUGGGAAUGUACUUCUCUUAGUUUCUUUCUACUUGCACAGGUUUUUCCAAGUAUAUGAGAGCCUAGCAUUGUAUAGCAAUAAAGUUUGAAUAAUGUUUAGAGAUUGAGUUUUGUAUCA